UUACUGGAUGUAGCCGAUCAAGGAGUGGGGUUGGUACCGGAAGGCUAUUUAUCCGAUGGUUACGAAGAUCCAUUGGUCAGUAGUCAUUAAAGGAUCGCUGCAAACAACAGCUUGGAAAGAUGUCCGUCGAUCAGAGAUUCGAAGCAGCGGUAGAGACUUUGAAGUCUUUCACCAAACGACCUUCUGACACAGAAUUUUUGGAACUCUAUGGAUUGUACAAACAAAUAACGGAGGGCAAUAUCAACAAGCCUAGACCUGGCAUGAUGGAUUUGAAGGCAAAAGCGAAGUGGGACUCGUGGAAAUCGAGGGAGGGUAUGUCAAAAGACGCCGCGAAAGAAGCAUACGCUAAACACAUUGACACGUUAUCGGCCAAGUAUAAAUAAGACGUACAAUUGUUCUGUUGAUGGUAACAAAGAGGGAAGGGAAACGUUUGGAACGAAAAGUUAAGAGAAAAAAAAAAACAUGUAAUAAACCUCUACGAAUGAGAAAUGUGUGUUGCGUUUUGAUUACAAAAUGUAAUCGCAUACUUGACGUAAACUACCUAUAUGAGACUUAUCUCGUGCCAGAAACUGUUUAAAAUAAAAAAAACUUUUACAUUUGUUUUCCAAUCAACACACAGGGUGAUCCGCUUGCUAUCGUACGUUCACGACAAGUUGGUGAGCCAAGGACACGGUUCUCACUCUGUUCCACCUCUCCUGACACCAUGUGCUGUGUUGUCAUUGGCUGCGGCCAGUGACAAGAGACGACGGCGAGCAUACCGGGACAGAGUGAGACGAAUUGAUUUCACAGCAUUGGCGUGGCUAAUCAUUCUCGGGUUUUCGUUAUCUUUGUAAGUGUUUAUACGACUGUAAUAGUCGGCACUUUGAUUAGGAGGCUACGCCGAUGUUGUAAAGUCGUCAUUCUGUUUCAUUCUGUCUCGGUAUGUUGGCGGUCGUCCUUUGUCACUGGCCAUAGCCAAUAACGACGUAGCACAUGGUAGCAGGAGAGGGGGACAGAGUGAGAAAGAAAAUGAGUUUGCCUCGCCAACUUGUCAACGCACGAUAGUAUACACGGUGUCCCAAAAAUGUUGUAACACAUUGAAAGGGUUGGUUCGGGAGGUGAUUUGAAACAACUUUUUCGUUAGCGAAAAUGUUGUCCGAGGCUUCGUUGAGGAGAUAUUAAGAGAAAACACCGACCAAUCAGAGUGCGCGUAUACCGGUGGA